AUGGCAUUUGCCAGAGCUAGCCCGGCUUGCGGGAACUGCAGAUCUAGAAGAAUCAAGUGCAAUCUCCUCAGGCCAAGAUGCAGCCAGUGCGCUCGAGCCGGCUUAGACUGCAAUGGUUAUAGAUCUCAGUCAGAUGUGGUCUUUCGAGAUCAGACCAAGUCAAUCGUUCAAAAGUUGCAUGUCUCAAGCGCCAGGCUGACCACGGCCAAAAAGCAUGCCACUUGCUUGACUCUAGUCGCAAUGAAACCCAGUUUCAAUGUUGAGGAACUUGCACAGAAAGUGUUUUCCGAUAACUUUGGGAUCUUGGGAGAUGGAUGUAAGCACUGGAUGGAAUCCAGGGCGGAGCAUCCAUCUUCCGCCACUAUCAGCAUUACCUCUGUUGGUCUUGCUGCACUCGCCGUUGUCCACAAAGAUCCCAGUAUGAUGGAUCUGGCGCGAAGAAAAUAUAUCCUUGCUAUAAGUGUCCUUAAUGAAGCAAUCAUCAGCCAUCAGGGCUCUGGAAUUGAACAAUCUAUCGCUGGAAGUUUUAUUUUGUCUAUCUUCGAGGUUCUGUGCUCUGAUAUCCGACUACUUGAACUCUCACUACUGGACCGGACUGACGUCUAG